AUGGGCCCCAUUGACUUCCAUAGUAGAAGUCAAUGUGUUUGGUGUUUCUUUUGUGUUCAUCAGAAGAAAGAAACUCAUACAGGUUUGGAACAACUUGAGGGUUCUCACUCUUUGCGGUUGCUCAUAACAUACAUUAAAGGAGAGACAACAUUUCCUGAAUUCAGUGUCACAUUUAUGUUGGAUGACAUCACAGUUGGCCACUAUAAUUCAGAGACGAAGAGAUAUAUUCCACGAGACAAUGCUACAAAUGAAGAUGAGAUCAUUUCUUACAUCUUUUAUGCAAUGAGGCAUGAUUUGCAACCUUUCUUUAUGAGAAGACUGACAUUUAAAAACUAUACAGAAAGUGUUCAGCUUUAUCAGGUGAUGAGCCAUUGUGAGCUGUGGGACAAUGAUAAGCCUGGACAAAUGAUUUCCAAGUUUGCUUUUAGCGGCUCUACUACAGAUGAAAUGCGUUUGUAUGACAACAGGUUUACAUAUGAGAGCCCAAAAGAAAUGGCAACACUAUCUCUGGAGCUGUUCAAAUGGCGUCAUGAGACUAUAAACUACCCAUGUUGCAUAGCAACUCUCAGGAAUUACCUUAAAAAGAGAAAAAAUCAAGUGAAUAAGAAAGUGAAACCGCGAGUCAGACUCAUUCAGAAAGCAAACUCAGAUUCUGGAGGGUUUCGUGUGAGUUGUUUGGCGACAGGAUUUUACCCUCGUCACAUCAACCUGACCCUGUUCAGAGAUGGACAGCCUGUACCUGAUCAUGAGAUCACUGGAGGAGAUCUGCUGCCCAAUGGAGAUGGGACGUACCAGAUGAGGAAGAGUCUGGAGAUCAGUGCAGACAAACAUAAAUACACCUGCUCUGCCACACACCUCAGUCUGGACAACAAACUGGACGUCACUUUGGAAUUUGAUCUGGGUGAACCCUUUAAAUCAGUGAUUCCCUCAGUGCUGAUAGUUUUGGCUGUAAUGUUGGUGUUUGGAACCGGAGCCAUCUUAUAUAAAUACAGGAGACAAGCAGCAUCAUCUAAAGGUGAUUAUUCCUCUGCUUUGACAUCUGAAGAAAGCACUGACACAAAAUCAACACAUGAAGCACAACAGAUGAGUGAAGCAUUAAAGGAUUAGUCCCCUUUUAAAUAAACUUUUCCUGAUAAUUUACUCACCCCCAUGUCAUCC